AUGCCUCUAGGAAAUGAUGUUAGCGGUACAGAAAAGAAAGGCCCAACAGAAGAAGUUGAUGAUGAAUUUGUUUGUGACUCUGAUGAGCUACUUCCUUUUUACACAUACAGGGAUUUAUAUCUUCGUCCAAUUCAUAAAGUUAGAAUACAGGUGGAUCUUCCUAAGCUACGACAGUUGGGACAAUCAAUUUCUAAUUGGGAAAUUAGAGAACGAUUAAAGAAAAUGCUUGGAAAAGUUGAGUUAUCCGAUUUCAAAGUGCAAGAAAGUACUCUGGAAGAAGUGGUCUUUGUUGCUACUGUUAAUACUGGCAUCAACGCAAAAACUGCAAUUAGUCUUUUGAAUGGCAUUACCUUCCGAGCUAUUGGCUUCACAGAGCCACUAUCAGUUAAAGCAGAAUGUGCCAAACCCGAUUUUCCAACACGCAUUGAUUGGGAUGCGUUUUUUGCGUCAAACAAAAAUUUGGACGAAAAAGAACCAGGAGAACGGCCAGAUACAGUUUACAUAAGUGGAUUGCCAUUCGACUGGUUCAAGGACCCAAUUGAAGGCUCUACUGAAAACACUUUCAAACAUAUUUUUGCUGAAUAUGGAGAAGUUAUUUGUGUGGACAUUCCUCAAUGCGAUCCAAUACGAAAGGAGAUGGACCAGGAAAUUUCAGGGAUUCAACUUUCUUCUUGGCUACUUGGACAAGAUCCAUUCUUUGAAGUCUAUAUUCAAUUUCGAGAAUACGUUAGUUUUGCACAAGCUAUGGCUUUUCUUGGAGGUAAAAAUUUGGUUCAGAAAAAUCCUAAUGGAGAAAUUCGAGAAGCUAAAAUUAGGGUCGAUUUUGAUCGGACAUCUCAUUUGAGUAUUAGAAAGAUUACACAACGAAAGUUACGUCGAAUGUGCCUUGAAUAUGAGCGAGAUAAGCAAGAACAAAAGAAAAUGGAUGAAAGCAAAAGGCUAGAGGAAAUGAUUAGAGAAGAGAAAGAAAAACGAGAUAGAGACGAACGUGAACGUGUUAUGCGUGCCUUACUUAGGGCUGAGAGAAGACAACGAAUGAGAGAGAAACGAGAUUUUGAACAAUUACUGCGGAAAAAAUUAAAACAUCGACUCACUCAUAAAUUGGAAAAGAUUUGGAAGGAACGUCAAAAAGGAGCAAAAGCACUUCUUCGACAUAUUGCGGAAAUUUAUAGAGAAAAACAACAAUUAGAAAAACAACGUUUAGAGGAACAAAAAGCUUUAGAAGCACCAAUUCAUGAAUUAGCAUCUGCCUUUGUUCGUGAACAAGGACUUCCAAUGGAAGAAGAAAUACGUCAAAGAAUAUUACGAAAACAAGAAUUAAAAAUGAGAACAAGAAUAACAAGUCGAAUGAUAAGUGAAUGUGCAGCAGAAACAAAAAGAAAAGGUUAUAAAAGAAGUCAAAUGAAAGUAUGUUUAAUUAAAAUGAAAGGCAACAAAUUUGGUUUAACAAUACAAAAGAAACCAGAAGAGGACAAACAAACAUUAAAACCUUCAUCAGUUUUUGAUACAAAUUCUGAUGAUGAUAACGAUGAAAAGGAAACAAAUGAUGAAAAAUUUCAAAGAAAAUAUGCAGUACCGACAAAAUUAAAAGACAAAAAAAUAUUGGAAAAGGCAAUAGCAGAAGACCCAACAAUCUUUGAUUAUGACAGCCAAUACGAGGAAAUGCAGAAGCCAAAAUAUGCCCAUAAAUUAAUUGAAACACACAAACGAAGAGAACUUGAAAAACUUUUACAUGAUGAACGGACUUAUAAAAAGGAACGUGAAAAGGAGGCUGGUGAAUUUGAUGAUAAAGAAGUUUUUAUAACAGGAGAAUAUAGAAAACAAAUUGAAGAAAGGGAAAGUUUUAGAAAAGAAUUGGAGGAAUUGGACAAAAUGGAUGAAAUUAGAGAUGUAAAAAAUCAAAAAUUGUGGCAACAAGCAUUUCAUAGAAAAAUACUUGAAGAUAGGGCAAGAGUAUUUCCAGAUACUUCACAAAAAGAGGAAAAUAAUAUAAAAGAGGAAGAAAAUGAAGAAAAAAUAUUAAUUAAAAAUAAAAAAGAAAAUGAAGAAAUUAUUAAAGAAGAAAUUAUUGAAGAGACGGGGAAAGAAGGAAAAAUUAAAGAAAAUUACCGAGAAAAUGAAGAUAAAUAUGAAAGAGGAAGAAGAGGGCGAAGUAAUAGUCCUAAAAAAUUUAAAAGAAUAUCUGACGAUUCUAAAAGUGAAAAGAAUGAGAGAUCAUUACCUUCCUUUAUUCCUUCAAUUGAUGAUGAAAUGAACGAAGAAAUACGCCGAAUGGAAAAAAUAAGACAAAUUUUACGACGUCGUAAUGAUGAAAAUGCGGUGGCAGUAGCUAGAUUGAGAUAUUUUGAACGUAGAGAACAAGGGGAAAUUGUACCUCCAUUUUAA